GCGGUGGGGAGACGUCAGCUGUAGGAGAUAGAGCAGUAGGCGUGGUCCCCCGUACCUUGAGCGGCGGCCCCGCGAGCCAAUGGCGCAGCAGAGAAGUAGAGUGCGGGACUUCCUGUCCGCACUGCGAGCGUGCUGGCUGAAGCAGGCGGCCAGAAGGAGCUAGCCGGCCGUCGCUGCAGCUGCCAUGAUCAAGAAGUUCGAUAAGAAGGAUGAGGAGGCUGGUAGUGGCUCCAACCCCUUCCAGCAUUUGGAAAAGAGCGCUAUCCUUCAGGAGGCACGCAUCUUUAACGAGACCCCCAUAAACCCAAGAAGAUGCCUGCAUAUACUCACCAAGAUCCUUUACUUGCUGAACCAGGGUGAACAUUUUGGAACGACAGAAGCCACAGAAGCCUUCUUUGCAAUGACCAGAUUGUUUCAGUCAAACGAUCAAACCUUAAGGAGAAUGUGUUACCUUACUAUCAAAGAGAUGGCCAACAUUUCAGAGGAUGUUAUCAUCGUCACUAGCAGCUUGACCAAAGACAUGACGGGGAAAGAAGACGUGUACCGAGGGCCUGCCAUUAGAGCGCUCUGUAGGAUCACGGAUGGCACCAUGCUGCAGGCCAUUGAGAGGUACAUGAAACAAGCCAUCGUUGACAAAGUCUCCAGUGUCUCCAGCUCAGCGCUGGUGUCUUCCUUACACAUGAUGAAGAUCAGCUACGAUGUGGUCAAACGGUGGAUCAAUGAAGCCCAGGAAGCUGCUUCCAGUGACAACGUCAUGGUUCAGUACCAUGCUUUAGGGUUGCUCUACCAUCUUCGGAAGAAUGACCGCCUUGCUGUUUCCAAGAUUCUGAAUAAAUUCACUAAAUCUGGGUUGAAAUCCCAAUUUGCGUACUGCAUGCUGAUUCGUAUUGCCAGCCGGCUACUGAAAGAGUCGGAGGAGGGGCACGACAACCCACUGUUUGAUUUCAUUGAAAGCUGCUUGCGGAACAAACAUGAGAUGGUCAUUUAUGAGGCCGCCUCUGCGAUUAUCCAUCUCCCAAACUGCACGGCCAGGGAACUGGCACCAGCUGUCUCAGUCCUUCAGCUCUUCUGCAGUUCUCCCAAGCCUGUUCUGAGAUAUGCCGCGGUGAGGACCCUGAACAAGGUGGCGAUGAAGCACCCGUCAGCAGUAACCGCCUGCAAUCUGGACCUAGAAAACCUGAUCACAGACUCGAACCGCAGCAUCGCCACCCUGGCCAUCACCACUCUCCUGAAGACGGGGAGCGAGAGCAGCGUGGACCGGCUCAUGAAGCAGAUCUCGUCCUUUGUGUCCGAGAUAUCCGACGAGUUUAAGGUGGUGGUAGUCCAAGCCAUCAGCGCCCUGUGCCAGAAGUACCCGCGGAAACACAGCGUCAUGAUGACCUUCCUCUCCAACAUGCUCCGGGAUGAUGGUGGCUUUGAGUACAAGCAAGCCAUUGUCGACUGCAUCAUCGGCAUCAUUGAGGAGAAUCCUGAGAGCAAGGAGUCUGGCCUGGCCCACCUCUGCGAGUUCAUCGAGGACUGCGAGCAUACGGUGCUGGCCACCAAGAUUCUCCACCUGCUUGGCAAGGAGGGCCCCAGGACCCCCGCCCCCUCCAAGUACAUCCGCUUCAUUUUCAACAGGGUGGUGCUCGAAAAUGAAGCCGUGAGGGCCGCUGCCGUCAGCGCCCUGGCAAAGUUUGGGGCCCAGAAUGAAAGCCUGCUUCCCAGUGUCCUGGUGCUCUUGCAGAGGUGCAUGAUGGACAGCGAUGACGAGGUCCGUGACCGAGCAACCUUCUACCUGAACGUGCUGCAGCAGAGGCAGCUGGCUCUGAAUGCUGCGUACAUUUUUAAUGGUCUGACAGUCUCCAUUCCCGGGAUGGAAAAGGCCCUGCACCAGUACACGCUGGAGCCUUCAGAAAAGCCGUUUGACAUGAGGUCUGUGCCGCUAGCCACUGCCCCCACCUUUGAGCAGAAAGCAGAGAUUGCCCUGGUGGCCAACAAACCCGAGAAACUGGCUCCUUCACGGCAGGACAUAUUCCAAGAACAACUGGCAGCCAUUCCAGAGUUCAAGAAUUUGGGUCCCCUCUUCAAGUCAUCGGAGCCAGUGCAGCUAACCGAGGCGGAAACGGAGUAUUUUGUUCGGUGUAUCAAGCAUGUGUUCUCAAAUCACAUUGUCUUCCAGUUCGAUUGCACAAACACCCUCAAUGACCAGUUACUGGAGAAAGUGACGGUGCAGAUGGAGCCCUCCGAAGCGUACGAUGUCCUCCGCUGCCUCCCAGCUCCCAUCCUCUCUUACAACCAGCCUGGCAUGUGCUACACGCUUGUCCGGCUGCCCUUGGAUGACCCUACUGCCGUCGCCUGCACUUUUAGUUGCACUAUGAAGUUCACUGUCCGAGACUGUGACCCUCACACAGGAGUGCCAGAUGAGGAUGGCUACGACGAUGAAUAUGUGCUGGAAGAUCUGGAACUAACUCUCUCUGACCACAUUCAGAAGGUUCUGAAGCCCAACUUUGCAGCUGCCUGGGAGGAAGUGGGAGAUGACUAUGAGAAAGAGGAGACUUUUGCCCUCAGUACCAUUAAAACCCUGGACGAAGCCGUCAGCAACAUUGUGAAGUUCCUGGGCCUGCAACCAUGCGAAAGAUCAGAUAAAGUGCCAGAGAACAAGAAUUCACACACCCUCUACCUGGCCGGUGUAUACAGAGGUGGCUUGGAUGUCCUGGUGAGGUCCAGGCUUGCUUUGGGAGAUGGCGUGACUAUGCAGGUGACUGUCCGAAGCACAGAGGAAACACCUGCAGACGUCAUCCUGGCUUCUGUCGGUUGAGAGCCGUCGUGGCGGCUGAAGCUGGAAGCCACCCCACCUCCUCCCUCGAAGGCACUUCAGUGAUCUACCGUACUGCAUGUCUCCUUCCACCCCACCCUACCCUUCUGUGGGUCAGGAGUUUUCUGUGACAACAGGGUGGCAGCGGCCCUGGCUUCCCUUCCAUGCACCUGGAGCUGGGCUUAUCGCCUCCCACCCACAAAUCCUGUAUAAAUGAUUCUGUCUCUCUGCUGCUGCUGCCCGUACGGCUGGGAACACUGGUAGAGGUUUUUUUUUUUUUAGGAAAAAAGGUCAUCUUUUCUUGAAUGGAUUUUUAUUAACAGAAAAUAAACAUGGGCUAUCCCAACAUUGAUGUA